AAAACAACAUGAAGAAAUACAAUAUCGAAAUUCUAUUUGGGGGUUUCUUAAACUAUAUGUAAAUCAUAAUUUAAUUUAUGAUAUAAUUAAAAUUGAUGAUCCAAAAUUAUAUGAAAAAUUUAUAUCAGCAAUAAAUGAAAUCUUAUACUGGACAAAAGUUUUUAAAGUUGAAGAUGAAGCAAAAUUUGUUAAAAAAUAUAAAAGAAUUUUGGCUAAAAUGGAAGCAUCAACAAAUCCCAAUAAAUAUAUUAUUAAUCUCUCAACAAAAUAUUUGAAAUACAAAUUUAAACCACAUUUAUAUAAAGAGAAAAAAAAAUUGUUGAUAUCAAUUACAAAACUUGAAUACUAUUAUCAAACAGUAAGUCAUAAAAAGAAAAAGCAUGAUAAACAAAAUACAAAGAAAUAA